AUGGAGACCAAUGAAAACCAACAACUCUUACCCAAUGUCACCCUGGGUUUCCACAUCUAUAACAAUGGUUAUAGUGGAACUGGCUCCUACCUUGCUGCAAUGGAACUGUUGUCCAGACGCCACAGGUUCACCCCCAAUUACAAAUGUAACAGUGAGAAUCUCCCAGCAGCGGUGAUUGUGGGGCCCAACGCUGACUAUAGUCUUGACUUGGCAACCGUCUUCUGCAUAUACAAGAUGUCACAACUCCAUCAGUAUCUGAGAAGAGUUGCAUUUAACAAUAGCGCUGGAGAAGAAGUUUCCUUCGACCAAAAUGGAGAAUUAUUAGUGGGAUUUGAUAUUAUCAACUGGGUCACAUUUCCAAAUAAAUCUUUUGUUAGAAUAAAAAUUGGGACAACUGAACCUCAGGCUCUAACAGGCAGAAAACUCACAAUUCAAGAUGAUUCCAUUGUGUGGCCCAGCAUUUUCAAACAAACAUUACCUCUUUCUAGGUGCAAUGAUAAAUGCCGGUUGGGAUUUAGUAAAAGAAAGAAGGAAGGAGAAACAUUUUGCUGUUAUGAUUGCAUUCCAUGUCCAGAGGGAAAGAUUUCAAACCUGACAGACACUGAUAAAUGCUUUGAUUGUCCUGGAUAUCAGUAUCCAAAUGAUGACAAGGAUGGAUGUCUCCCCAAAGAAAUCACCUUCUUAUCUUUUGGAGAACCCCUGGGGAUCAUUGUCACUGUGUUUGCUCUCAAAUUUUCUCUCAUUACCGUCUUCAUUCUAGGCAUCUUUAUGAAGUACAAGGACACUCCUAUUGUCAAAGCAAACAAUAAGGACAUCACCUACAUUCUCCUCGUCUCCCUCUUGCUUUCCUUUCUUUGUGUUCUGCUAUUCACUGGCCGACCUGGGAAGGUGGCCUGCCUCCUUCAACUAACUGCUUUUGGCAUGAUUUUCUCAGUGGCACUUUCUUCCAUUUUAGCCAAAACCAUCACUGUCAUUCUGGCUUUCGUAGCCACCAAGCCAGGGUCCAGGGUAAGGCAGUGGAUGGGGAAGAGAUUGGCAUAUUCCAUUGUUCUUUCUUGCUCCUUUUUUCAAGCUACUAUUUGUAGCAUCUGGCUGAUCACCUCUCCUCCAUUCCCAGACCUUGACAUGUACUCAGUGGCUCAAACAAUUGUAUUCAAAUGCAAUGAAGGCUCAAGCGGUAUGCUUUAUGCCCUUUUGGGUUUCCUGGGUUUCCUUGCUCUUGUCAGUCUCACUUUGGCUUUCUUAGCCAGGAAGUUACCUGACAGUUUUAAUGAGGCCAAGUUUAUCACCUUCAGCAUGUUGGUCUUUUGCAGUGUUUGGCUCGGCUUCAUUCCAACAUAUUUGAGCACGAAGGGCAAAAAUAUGGUGGCUGUGGAGAUUUUCUCUAUCUUGGCUUCCAGCUUUGGUUUAUUGGGCUGUAUCUUCUCACCAAAAUGCUACAUUAUUUUAAUGAAGCCUGAGCUGAACACCAAGGAACAACUAACAAAAAGAAGGAAUUAA